AAUUUCCCUUGGAAGAAUAAGAGAUGCUCUUAAUGACUGUAUGCUAGCUAUUACAAUAGAUUCCAGCUUCCUCCGGGCUCAAGUCAGGGUUGCAAGUUGCCAUCUCACACUGGGUGAAGUUGAUGAAGCAAUAAAAUUUUUUAAUGACUGCUUGCUCUCAAAACAUGAUGGGAAUCUGGAUGAAAAAAAUAUUGACACAGUCUUCUGAUGGACUUCAGAAAGCUCAGCAAGUGGCUGAUCGCAUGAGCCAGGCUGAGGAGCUUUUACUCAAAAGGACAUGUGAUGGACUGACAAAGGUGUUACAACUGAUCUCUGAGUCCUUAAUAAUAAGUGCACAUUCAGAAAAAUUGAUGGCAAUGAAAGAUGAGGCUCUUAUGCUUCAAAGGUAUGAAGAAGUAAUCAACUUCAGUGAGCAGACUAUGGGACAUGCCGAAGUUAAUGCUUUAUCUUCUGGAGUCAAUUUACAGCCAAACAAAGAAGAUAACUCUGUAAAUCUCCAAUUUUUUCUCCUAUAUCGCUGGCGUUGGCUCUUGAAGGCAAGGGCUAACUUCUAUUUAGGAAGACUAGAUCAAGCAUUUGAAUUGCUGAAGAAGCUUGAACAAGGGAAAAGUAUAGUGGACAAGGAUAGCAGCAACUCAGACUCUUCCACAUCACUGUAUGCCUCCAUAUGUGAGCUGUUACGCCUUAAAGCUGCUGGAAAUCAAGCCUUUAAAGAGGAAAGACAUCUUGAUGCAAUAAAGCAUUACAGUGCUGUUUUAGCAUUUAAUAUUGAAUCACGUCCUUUUGCAGCAAUAUGCCUCUGUAACCAUGCUGCUGCAUAUCAAGCUGUAGGCCAAAUUACUGAUGCAAUUGCAGAUUGCAGUGUGGCCAUAGCCCUUGAUGCUACCUAUCCUAAGGCACUUUCUAGAAGGGCUUCCUUAUAUGAGAGGAUCACAGACUAUGAACAAGCAUCUAAUGAUCUGCGCAGACUUGUGUCCCUUUUGGAAAAGCAAAUUAAAGUCAAGGAUAACCAAGCCGGUACUUUGGAAAGUGCUGUCCCUAACCAAAGUGAUUUAUGUCAAGCUCGGUUGCGGCUUUCUAUUACGGAGGAAGAGGCUAGGAAAGAUAUCCCUUUGGAUAUGUACCUUAUUUUGUGAGUUCUUGCUAAUUUGGGUUUGCCUUUUAUUGUUUUUAUAUUUAACUAAUAGUUGUAUUCUGUUAAAGAAGUCAUGAAGGAAUUCAAGGUCUAAAUUACACUUCCAUCUUUUCCAAUAGUCUGACAUUUAUGACACUAGAAUUAGGGCAAGAUCAGCUGGGUUGAACUGGUGAUGCUCAACAACUAGCCCAUCCUUCUGCCUGUCUAGUUGCUAAUUAGUUGCUACUAUAUAUUAGCAACUAGGUGCUACCCUAGACAAUAAAAUAAGAGAAUAUAAGUAAAGUUAGUAUGGACAUUUUCAAUAUUUUAACAUGCUGAUCAAUUAGAUUUGAAGGUAUGAGAAGUAGACAGAAAUCAAAGGAAACUCUAGCUAACCUGAUUAAAAGUGAAUUAAGAUCUGAAUAUUAAUAGUGAUGUAGUUUGAACGGAGGAUUAGAUUUAUGUAGCCAAUCUAAAUAGCUAGGACUAAUCCAGUUUGUUGAUGUGGAUAUGGUUAAUACCUACAAUAUAGCUAGGAAUAAAUAGCUAUGAAUGACCUCAAUGUUUCUCUUCCUAAUUGUUGAGAAUACUUUAUUAGACCAGUUGAAUAUAUUUGUUUCUAGUUAUGGUUCCAACAUAUAUUUUGGCAACUUUAAGGGAAAAGACCUUGUAAUAAUGUAGAUAUAAAUAUCAUCCUCAUCAUCCUCAUGUUGGAUUCAACCAUUUAGGAUCAGCUAUAUGAAAAUAUUUAUAUAUUAUGGUUUUGUUCUGUAACCUUAUUUACUUUGUUUAAUCUUUCUCUGCUCUGAUCAAUAACUUAAAAAAGAAGUUUCAGAUGCGAAAAGACAGAAUGCUUGAUUCAAAACCCUGAAAUUGGAUACAGAGUGUCCUUGGAUUACAAAAGCUUCAACCUUAAUAUUUUGAUAAUUUGUAAUUGAAAUUGAUUU